UCAAAAAGUUUGGAGACCCCUGCUUUAAAGCCAUAUUGCCCAACCCUAGUUAUAAAUCACUUUUUUUUUUUUUUUUUUUUUUUUUAUGUUCUUGGAAGUGUAAUUCAAUUGUAAGAAACAUCAUUGUCAUCCAUCCAUUUUUCUACCCCUUGCAAAUUUUUCCAUUACAUUGCACACAUCAUGCUAAAUGUUUUUUAGGUUUGAAAAUGUUAUUUCACUUUGUACAUCUGCUGUAUUUGGUUUGAUCAUAUUGUGCACUGUCAUCUAACAUCAUGUAUUGAUAUGUGUAAAGUAACCAUAUCUAUUGUUGUUUAGACACUACUGAUCCUCUCUAGCGCCACCUCUCAGCCAUGAAGUUGGCUUUGCACGGGCUGGCAGGCGCCACUACCAGCACCCUGACGACGGGCGUGCCGUACCUCGGCUCCAAUGACGCGGUCUACGAUGAUGGUUCGAGGCUGGCCGAGAACGGAAUCCUCUCUGAGAAAACGGCUUCCAUUAACGCCGCCGCAGCAGCCGCCAAGGAGGUUGUUUUCAGCGCUCUUGCUCCCGUUCUGCCCACAAACGUCACCGGCCUUCUGCUCGCUAAUGAGAGCGUUGGCGCAGCGCAGUGUGGGGAGAACUUUGCGGACAACAUGGAGUGUUUUAUGAUCCUGACUCCGGGUCAGCAGCUUGCGGUCGCCAUCUUGGCUCUCACGUUGGGGACGUUCACGGUACUGGAGAAUCUGAUGGUGCUGUGCGUCAUCCUGCACUCGCAGACGCUGCGCUCGCGGCCCUCCUAUCAUUUCAUCGGCAGCCUGGCCGUGGCCGACCUCAUUGGCAGUGUCAUUUUUGUCUACAGCUUCCUGGACUUUCACGUCCUACACAGGAAGGACAGCCCGGGGGUCUUCCUCUUCAAGCUGGCGGGCGUCAUCGCUUCGUUCACCGCCUCCGUGGGCAGCCUCUUCCUCACCGCCAUCGACCGCUACAUCUCCAUCCACAGGCCCAUGGCGUACAAGCGCAUCGUGACCAAAACAAAGGCGGUGGCGGCCUUCAGCCUCAUGUGGAGCAUCUCUGUUGUCAUCUCGCUGCUGCCUCUGCUGGGCUGGAACUGUAAGCGCCUCAACUCGGUGUGCUCGGACAUUUUCCCCCUCAUCGACGAGAAGUACUUGAUGUUCUGGAUCGGGGUGACAAGCGUGCCGCUGCUCUUUAUCGUCUAUGCCUACAUGUUCAUCCUGUGGAAGUCGCACCAUCACGCCGUGCGCAUGAUGAGCCGGAGCUCCCAGAGAAGCGUCAUCGUCUACACGGCGGAGGGUACCAAGGUCCAAAUGGUGAGACCCGACCAAGCCCGCAUGGACCUGCGCCUGGCCAAGACUUUAGUGCUCAUCCUGGUGGCCCUCAUCAUCUGCUGGGGCCCGCUGCUGGCCAUCAUGGUGUACGACCUCUUCGGGAAGGUGGACGACUUCAUUAAGACGGUGUUUGCCUUCUGCAGCAUGCUCUGCCUGCUCAACUCCACAGUCAACCCGGUCAUCUACGCCAUGAGGAGCAAGGACCUACGCAGGGCCUUCGGCAACAUCUGCGGCUUGUGUCGGGGAAGCGCUCAGCCUCUGGACAACAGCGGGGAGAGCGAGGGGAACAGCAGAAGCAUCAGAAGCAAAGAUUGCGGUGCUAACGUGCGAGUCAAGGUGGCGCAAGUGGCAAUUUCUGGAGUGACCGAGUCCACGUCUACUGCGGAACCAGUGUGA